AUGGGCGCGCGCGUCCGGGCGCUGCUGCUGGCGCAGCUGUUGGUGCGAGCGGGGCUCCGGGGACAGGACGUUCAGGAUCUGGACCGGCUGUUUCCAGGUAAGGCGCCCGGGACGCGCGCCUCCCCGCGCAGGGCACCUGAGCCGGAGCGCAAGGGGCGCCUCAUCUUUUCCUCUCCCCGCCCAGGUUUCGAGAACUCGUCGUUGCUCACGUGGCCCUGCGGCCGCCGAACCGUUUCGACGACGCGCGUGGUGGGCGGCAAGGACUCGGAGCUGGGGCGCCGGCCGUGGCAGGGCAGUCUGCGCUCGUGGGGCGCCCACCACUGCGGCGCCAGCCUGCUCAACCGCCGCUGGGUGCUGUCGGCCGCGCACUGCUUUGAAAAACACAAAGAUCCCUCGAAGUGGACGGCCCAGUUUGGUGAGCUGUCCUGCAGGCCAACUUUCUGGAAACUGUGGACCUUCUACCAUCGGUUCAGGGUGAAGGAUAUCGUCGUGUAUCCCCAGUUCAGUGGGACUUCACUCAAGGACAUCGCCCUGCUGAAGCUGUCCUCCUCCGUCACCUACAAUAAGUACAUCCAGCCCAUCUGUGUUGUGGCCUCUUCCUCUGAGUUCCAGAACAAGGCUGACUGCUGGGUGACUGGCUGGGGGCACAUCGAAGAAGGUCAAGUUCUGCCGCCUCCUUACCGUCUCCAGGAAGCACAGGUGUCCAUCAUAAACAACUCCAGGUGCGACUUCCUGUUCCGACGUCCCGGUUUCCUCAGUUAUGACCCGGAUGACAUGAUUUGUGCUGGCUCUGAGAAUGGCCAACGUGACGCCUGCAAAGGUGACUCCGGUGGCCCCUUGGCCUGCGAAAAGAGAGGUGUGUGGAUUCAGGUUGGAAUCGUGAGCUGGGGAUCGGGCUGCGGCAGACCCAACCGGCCCGGGGUCUACACCAACGUCAGUAGGCACUUCAACUGGAUCCGGACGCUGGUGGCCCGCGGCGCCCCCAGGCCAGUCCCCUCUCGGCAGCUCCUGCCCCUCGCUGUGCUCUGGGCCGGGCUCCCGCAGCCGGCCUGAGCCCAACGGAGUCCUGAGAGCUGGGGCCGUCUGCUGAGCCAGGCCCCGCCCCCCACCUUGUCCCUUUUCUA